AUGAGAAUAUUCUUAUUGCUAGCCUUUCUCCAUUAUGCUUUCUCAAUAAAAAUUCUGAUGUUCAACCCGGGUUUCGGCCACAGUCAUAUGCGAUUUAUGGGAGGGAUUGCUGAUAUUCUGAUUGAGGCUGGGCAUGAAAUUACAGAAAUCCGCUCAACACUUGAAUGGGAUCUCCGCUGGGAAGGAAUCUCGAAAACUAAAGAGAUUUUUGAAUAUCCAAUGGAUGAAAAAGUUGCUGAAUUGAUGGCGUCCACCAAAACCGACAAGGGUUUCAUGGCAAUGCUUUGGGAUCAAGAUAUGAGUCCAGCAAAACUUUCAACGAUGGCUCACAACAUGACAUUGAUGUUCUCAAGAGCUUGCGAGAAUCUCGUUUUCGAGACGGACCUCAUGUCAAAGUUGAAAGAUCGCCAUUUCGAUUUGGGAAUCUCGGAAGCGUUUGACGAUUGUGGACAUGGAAUCUUUGAAGCAAUCGGCUUGAAAACAGUCGUCACAACGUCUAGCUCAAACAUUAUGGAUCAUCAAUCGAUUAUUUUCGGUGUACCAAGAGUGCCCAGCUAUGUGCCAGGUAGUAUGUCGGACACGUCCGAGAAAAUGUCAAUCUCGGAGCGUUUAAGCAAUGCGAUUUCCUCGCAUUUUGGCGCGAAUUUCUUCUUGCAAAUUUGUGACAGUCAAUCUGAAAUUUUCAAGAAACAUUUGGGCAAAGAUUUCCCGACUCUUAGAGAGAUCAUGGCACGUUCAGCGCUUCUCUUCACAAACACUCAGCCAUUCAUCGAUUUCCCCAAGCCAACUCUCUAUAAAGUGGUUGAUAUUGGAGGGAUUCACAUUAGAGAGAAAAAAGUUGCCGCUUUGGAUAAGGAAUGGGACACAAUUUUGGGAAAAAGAAGAAAACCGUAUUGUUGUCCGGUGAGGAGUAUGCCGGAUGUUCAAUUCAUUUGGAAGUAUGAAAUCGACGACCUUGCCAGCGAGAAUCUCCCUGAAAACUUGCACCUCAGCAAGUGGACGCCGCAGACCGCGUUGUUAGCUGAUCAACGCCUCAGUCUCUUCGUCACUCAUGGAGGACUUUGCAGUACAAUCGAAAUUGCUUACAGUGGCACUCCUUCCCUCGUCAUUCCCCUUUUCGCCGAUCAAUCGAGAAACGCGCAAGUGUUGAUGAGACAGAAAAUCGCUCAAAAGUACUCGAAAUUUGAAAUCAAAGAUGGAAAGAAAUUGGCUCAAGCAAUAAAGGAAAUGCUUGAUGAAUCGAGUUACAAAUCAAAUGCAAUCACUUUAUCGAAUCUACUUCAAAGUGUCCCCUUCAAGCCAAAAGAGCUAUUGCUGAGAAAUGUGGAGUUUGUUGCCAAAUUCGGCUCGCUUCCCCAACUCGAUCCUUAUGGUCGGGGAGAAAAUUUCAAGAAAUCUUUUCAACUCUCAAUGAUGGAAUCCCUUCGA